AGGAAGAAAGAGCCCUUAAAGGUUCGUUCUGCCUCCCACCUGCUUUAGGUCACACAAUACUGACUCCAGAGACUUGCCAUGAAACCACACUUGAAGCAAUGGAGACAACGAAUGCUGUUUGGAAUAUUCGCUUGGGGGCUCCUCUUUUUGGUCAUUUUCAUCUACUUCACGGACAGCAACCCUGCUGAGCCUGUGCCCAGCUCCUUCUCCUUCCUGGAGACCAGGAGGCUCCUGCCGGUGCAGGGGAAGCAGCGAGCCAUCAUGGGCGCCCUGCACGAGCCCGCCUCGCCCGCGAGCAUGGACACAGCCAAGACGCUGCCCGCUGCACCCAGAGACCCUCAGAAAUGGGCCCUGGCGCAAGACGGCUUUGAAAAUGAAGACUUUUUUUCCUCCCAGGUCGGGAGAAAAUCUCAAAGUGCUUUCUACCCGCAGGACGACGAGUACUUUUUUGCUGCUGGUCAGCCAAGGUGGCACAGCCACACUCCGGGGACGCUGGGAUUCCCUUCCCCGGGGGAGCCAGGCCAGAGGGAAGGGGCUCUGCCCGCCGGACAGGUCCAGAGAAGACGGGUGAAGAGGCGGCACUGGACACAGAGGAGGAGCCACGUGCUGGCGGAGGGCGACGACGACGGGGACAAGCUGUACUCCUCCAUGUCCCGGGACUUUCUGUACCGCCUCUGGAAGGGAAACGUCUCCUCCAAGAUGCUGAACCCACGCCUGCAGAAGGCCAUGAGGGACUACCUGGCCGCUAACAAGCACGGGGUGCGCUUCCGCGGGAAGCGGGAGGCGGCGCGGAGCCGGGCGGAGCUGCUGUGCCGGCUGCGGAGCCGCGCGCACCCGCGCACCCUGGACGGCACCGAGCCGCCUUUCUCCGCGCUUGGCUGGCGGCGGCUAGUGCCCGCGGUGCCCCUGGGCCAGCUGCACCCCCAUGGCCUGCGCAGCUGCGCCGUGGUCAUGUCUGCGGGAGCAAUCCUUAACUCCUCCUUGGGCGAGGAAAUAGAUUCUCAUGAUGCAGUUUUGAGAUUUAACUCUGCUCCUACGCGUGGUUAUGAGAAAGAUGUUGGAAAUAAAACCACUGUGCGCAUCAUUAAUUCCCAGAUUCUGACCAACCCCAACCACCACUUCAUUGACAGUCCAUUGUAUAAAGAUGUCAUUUUGGUGGCCUGGGACCCUGCUCCUUACUCCUCAAAUCUUAACCUGUGGUACAAGAAGCCAGAUUACAACCUGUUCACGCCAUAUAUCCAGCAUCGUCAGAGAAACCCAGACCAGCCAUUUUACAUUCUUCAUCCCAAAUUUAUAUGGCAGCUUUGGGACAUUAUUCAGGAAAACACUAAGGAGAAGAUUCAGCCCAAUCCACCAUCUUCUGGUUUCAUUGGAAUCCUCAUCAUGAUGUCUAUGUGCAGAGAGGUGCAUGUGUAUGAAUACAUCCCGUCCAUCCGGCAGACAGAGCUUUGCCACUACCACGAGCUGUACUACGACGCUGCCUGCACCCUUGGGGCCUACCAUCCACUGCUCUACGAGAAGCUCCUGGUGCAGCGCCUGAACAUGGGUACCCAGGGUGACCUGCAUCGCAAGGGCAAGGUGGUCCUGCCGGGCUUCCAGGCUGUGCGCUGCCCUGCACCCAGCCCAACUAGUCCACAUUCUUAAAAAGGGUCACUUGGGAAUCAAUGUGCAAUAAGGUACGACUGUCGUACUUCACAGUCACAAAAGAAUACUUGAAGAUAGAUUUUAGACGAUGUAGUUUUGAGUCUUUGAACUGUAAUUUAGUGAUGGUCUCAAGAAUUCUUCUCUUCUUAAGCCAUUGAGUAUUUAUUACUGCUUUGAAUAUAGAAAUGGCAUUAAAAAAACUCAAGAAAGAUGCCAAGAAAAGAUAGUGAGAAAGAAAACAACUGUAUAACCAUGGGUAUGAUACCUCCAAAAAUGUUAGCCUUUUCAUAUGCCAUGGGUGCCCUCAGCAGAGUGGUUUCAAUUACAGGCUUUGGUGAUACUCCUGGUCUUGUGAAAUGCUUUCUAUCUGGAAACAUCCAUCUUGAAGUGCAUUAUCUAGAGCACUUAGUGUGUCACCGAUACGUACAUUCAUCAUUGAAUAGUCUAGAGUUUAUGAUCAACCUUUGAAGUAUCACUCAGAUGUGUUCAUUUUAACAGCAAAAAAUCCCUGCUGUAGCCCAUCAGGUAUUUCCCACUGUUGCAUUCCCCACCUCCACUUCCCAUUGUGUGGAACGCAUUGCUGUCUGUGUACCAAGACAGAUUUCUAAACCCAUAAAACAUCCAUCUUUCAGGGGCUCCAAGGAAAAGUGAGAUCCCUUACUGCAUGACAGAGGAGACCCUUUGUUUCCCUGCAAUAUUCUAUGACAUAUCCAGGAGCAUAUGUGUCACUCAGACGGAGAGGAACACCACUGGCGACUAAUUCGAGACCACGGUGCCGCAGAGGGGCCCUGGGGCUGCCUUGUACCCCUUCACCUGCAGGUCUGCCCCACAGCUCUUGCUGUAGCACACGCCCUGCAGGAGAAGGCAGGGGACACCUUGCUCCUUCUACACUAAAAGAACUUCAGAGCCAUCACCCAGUGCUGCUGGGGAUGAACACCUCUCCCUUUUAUAUGGAUUUCUUGCAGGUUUUUAUCAGCUAUUGGGAACUCAACAGUGACUGAAUUUUCACUAACUCUUCCUACAGACAAACAUUUAGGAAACCAGUCCUCGUUUUCACAGAUAUGUUUUAUGUCAGCAGCCUGACAAAGCCAUAUAAUGAAAUAAAUUGUGUGAAAGCAUUGCUUUUUAACAAGGAAAAUGUGUAUAUGCUUCAGAGGAAAAGACAGCUGGAGGGAAAUUUUCAUCCCAAUGGAUGAAAUUAGCUAUAUUUGGAUUUUUAACAAAAUCUCUACUUUUGUCACUGGCACACUGGAAUUUUGGGGGCUGUGAAUGUCAUGCAACUGAAACAUUUGUAUAACUUAAUUAAACCUGGUAUCACUUCAUGAUAUAAGCCAAACAUAUCUCAGUGGUGUAACGACUUGUUGACAACGACAAUAGCAGCUUAAUUAAAUAUCUUCUGUCUUGGAAAUCGAGUGACUGUCAGGAGGGUUUAGUGGAAAAGUUGUAUUUGUUGCAGGAUUGUUUGUUUUUCCAGAGUGUUCUCUGGACCACUUUUUUGAGCAAUAAUGGUUUGCAGAGACUCACAGCUUCUGCUUGGUUUAGUCUACUAAGCAAAAAUCAAAGUAGAUAACAGACAUCUCUCGUACCUAAUUAUAAUAGUGAAUUGGGAGUAAUUAAAAUGUUUCAAUCAUGGCAAUAUCCAAUAAAAGCCCAUUUUGAGAGUUCCAUUAGUAAGUCUACAUGAUAACUUUGUCCUGUACCUUAACUUAUGCCUGACCUGGUCGAGCUUCUUUUUAAGCUCCAAACAUGGUUAUGUACCUUUCUAAUUUCUUAAAAGAGCUUUGUCUCAUCCACGUGUUUACAUGUGUAUGGUAAGCUCAGUAACUCUGGAACGCAGAUGAGGUAGCUCUGAUGUGGGAUAAAUAGUCCUCCUACAAUCCUUCCAUCUUUCUGGAUCUUCCAGGCUUUUCCUUUCAAUGCCCCCAAGGAUUAAAGUUCCAUUGUCUUCCAAGUGGAUUUAUGUACAGGCAUCCUUAUUAUCCUGGACAAUCCCCCACUGGUGCCAUAAGAAAUUGGUUAGGGAAUAAUAUAUUGAGGUCAACGUAAAUAUUCAAAUUUAAAAGCCCCAGAAAACACUUCAAAGAUUUUUAAAUGGCAUUUCAUUGUAACACAUGUACUUUUAAAAGAAUAAAAGAAUACUUUCAGUUUCACUGAGGGUCCAAGAAAGAUUGAAGUGCAUAAAGGAAAUUUAAUUAAAAUGUUUGAAUUUAUUAUGGCCUUAAAGACUCUUAAGAAUCAGGGUCUGUUAAAACAUUCAGAAAAUGUGGUAUACAUAUUAAUAUAGUGUUGGCCGGACACUCUUUCAUUUAAAAGUUUAAAUGGUUUAGCUCCUAAACAUGGUUGGGCAGUUCUAGUUAAUGUGAUGACUGCUUCCAGGAUUAGCCAACUGGGUCCAAAGUGGCAAUAUUUUGCCAAGACAUUGAUUCAAUCCUUACGUGCACCAUUUGCUGAACUCCAGUAACCCCACAGCCCUUCUGUGAAGUAGUUAACAAUAAAGGUCACCCCACUGGAUUCCUCCUCCUUGGCUCUGUCCCUUUCAGAGUCUUCCAUCCUUUGGGGGAAAGGGAAGCUGAUACAGUCCUCAUGGUGCAACACGAAGCCGGUAGGCAUUCCUUUGUUCACUGACAGGACUAACUUCGCAUUACUUGGCAUUUCAAGGUCAUUUCACUCUAUCUUUUGUUGUGGUUGUUAUCAUAAGGAAGCAAAUGGUGACCCAGAAAGACAAUCCCACUAUAUCGAGAUUCUCCUUGGCUUGUUUCUCCAGCUGGUCUCACCAGGCAAGAGCAUACCCUUUAGGGCCACAGCAUUCCAUGGAAUUCCUGUGCUAGUCCCGGCAGCUGACCUCCCCAUUCCAUCCUUACAAGGCUACUUUGUGUUCAGGACCAACAGGUGGUCAGUUAGAGGUUGUGUUAGAGGUAUGUGCUAAAAUGGGUGAGGAAAGGGCUUUUAUAAGCCUGUGGAUUACAUGGCCUUUCCUCCUCUGCCUGGACACAAGCCCAGAGGGCCCUGCCUCAGGGACAGUAUGUCCCAGUGUCUCAUCCUGUCAGUCUUUUGGCCAGAAACGUAAUUGAUCCAGAACUCUCCAGUAGGCUUUGGCCAGUGCAGCCAUAGCAUCUGGAUGAAACCAAUGCUAAAAUAACCCUUACGUUUUUCAAAAUUGGGAAUUACAGUCACUGUGUCAUUGUCUGUCAUAUGUGCUUAUGCGCCAGUUCAUUCUGCUAGAACAGAUGAUAGGUUGUAUUGUUGGCUGACCCUUCUGAGUAGGGACGCUGACAUCUACUGAAUUAAUUGGGUCCUGUUCAGGUGCAUUACGUGGGAUCAGUCUAGGAUGAGUAAUGGUAUGUGAUAGAAGAAUUUUGUACUCACAGAAGACACGAUUAAAGUCCUCUCUCCAGCUUUUCUUACAGAUCAAUGCACAAUGCAUGUGGCCAAAGGUACAUUUGGCCCAUUUCUGCUUAGCUAAGGAAAGAGACAGAGAAAAGGUAUAGAGUGGGACCAGGAGAAUUAUCAGAGAGAUGGGAAUGAAUACAUAGGCCAAAUAGCCUAAAAAAUGUAUUCUAUCAUAGCAUCUGUUUCAAUUUAGGAUUUUCUGAUAGUUUAGAACUCUUACCAAGUGAUUCUGUGACUGACCAAGGCAGCUCCAUUUAGAAAUUAAUUGCUUAGAUAAAACAUGCCUGAGUUUACACUUGUGUUUUAUACUCUGAAUAUUUUCAUUGUGAGAUUAUUAUGCAUGUUUCUGUCCCUUGGGCAUUAUUCACACACUUGGUAAAUGAAAGGUAUUUCUCUGUCAGUUCAAGGAAAUAAAAUGUAAAUUCUUGUUUUAAAAAUUGAAUGAAGUCUUUUAGGGAGAAAAAAAUAGUCCAACAUAUUCCUAUAUGCUUGGGCUAAUGGAAUUUAAAGAAUUAAAGUCCUUGAUGGAGUUCUUACUCUUAGUAUAAAAGGUGUACGUGUAGUUACAUAAUUGUAUAUAUACUUAUCUACACACAUGGUGGAUUUUAUAUUGCCUUUUUUCAUCAAUUUUUUGACUGAAAUCUUUACACUAAAUUUUAUUUUAAUUAUGUAAACCCUAAUUUUUUAAGAGAAGGAAGCAAAUGUUCUAUGUCCUUCUAUUAAACAAAAUUAACCCUCUAUCCUGCCUCCCCACUCUUACUCUGCAUAUCUUGGCUACAUUAAAAAGGUCUAACAGAGAUAUUUAAAAGGCACUAUGAAGGUGGAGCAUUACCUUCAUAUUUUAUUCUGAUCAGAAGCCUGAUUGAAUGCUGAACCUUGAAGAGAAGUUUAUCCAUCGCUCAUGGCUUUCAAAGAUUAGAAGAAACACUUAUGGGUUCUAUGGAAAAACAUCUUCUUACUAGGUAGGUUUCAAACAAAAGAAAGUGUUAAAAAUCUAACAUUUAUAAUACACAUCCUGUUUUACUCUGGGUGAAAUACUUUGGAAAUUCUUCCAGUGGACACCAGUGAACUUUUUUAACCACUUUGAGUAUGUUUUUGUAUAAUAAUUUUUAAAAGGAAAUGUGUACUCUUCCAACUAAUUAAGGCUUGAAGUUUUCCAGGAGUUGCAUUUAAAAGGUGUUUGUACACAUUUUAACACUUUGAUAUUUUCUAUUUUGGUUUUGUAUAUUUUUAUGUGUACACAAUGUACAGAUUUUGCUCUUGUAAAUAAAACCUGUUUUCAUUUGUCUAGAA